AUCUGACAGCUGCCCGUUUACUGCUCCUAUUUCACUUUCUCAGCUGCCCGCUAUUCCCCGCCGUCGCUUUUGCGGGCAGCUCCAGACUUCAAUACUCACACAUCCCACCUCUCAUUUUCUCCUUGGAACUCCAUAAAUAUGCAGAAUUGCAGACUCUCACAAUUUCCAAUUCUGCCACCACCACCAACCACCGUUCACCACCUCCGUCCACGGUGGUGCAAAGGGGCCUCCUCCUUUCCCUCAAAGCAGAAUAAAGUUCAGAUUUUUAUUAUAAAAGUGAUAGUGAAGGGGUGAGAGAAGAAUGGGUCAGGGACUCAGUUGUGGAGCAAGUGAUGAACAUGGACUAUUCAGUGCUGUUCAAUGUGGUGAUUUAGAGACUGUAAAGGCUCUGAUGGAGAGAAACCCGAGUCUUGUUCACCAUUCUACAAUUUAUGAUCGCCAGUCUGCUUUACAUAUUGCUGCUGCCAAUGGCCAGAUUGAGAUGUUCUUUCAGGUUGUUUCUAUGCUUAUAGACCAGUCCGUCAAUCCUGAUCUAUUGAAUCGGUAUAAGCAGACUCCAUUGAUGCUGGCAGCCAUGCACGGGAAGCUCUCUUGUGUGCAAAAGCUUAUUGAAGCAGGGGCUAAUAUUUUGAUGUUUGAUUCGCUUAAUGGAAGAACAUGCUUACACUAUGCUGCCUAUUAUGGUCGCAUCUUCCUGGUAAAAGCCUCUAUGAGAAUUCACUGGGGAUAUGCCCGGUUUGUGAACGUUAAAGAUGGUAAGGGAGCAACACCGUUGCACUUAGCAGCCCGUCAAAGACGGCCUGAAUGUGUUCAUUUUUUACUGGACAAUGGUGCUUUGGUCUAUGCUUCAACUGGUGGAUACGGUUUCCCCGGUAGCUCACCACUUCACUUGGCUGCAAGAGCUGGUUCUCUUGAUUGCGUCCGCGAAUUGUUAGCCUGGGGAGCAGAUCGAUUACACAGAGAUGAUUCAGGGAGAAUACCAUUCACGGUUGCUUUAAGAUACAAACAUGGUGCGUGCGCGGUUUUGCUGAAUCCUUCAUCCGCAGAGCCUCUUGUCUGGCCAUCGUCAUUGAAGUUCGUCAGUGAGCUCAAUGAAGAGGCAAAAUCUUUGCUAGAACGCGCCCUGAUGGAGGUUAACAAGGAGAGGGAAAAGAAUAUCCUAAAAGGAACAGCUUAUUCGGCAAUCAAUUCUGAUGAUGGGAUGGAUGGUAAUAUCUCUGAGGUGAGUGACACAGAAGUUUGUUGUAUAUGCUUUGAUCAAUUAUGCACAAUUCAGGUGCAGGAGUGCGGGCACCAGAUGUGUGCACAUUGCAUACUGGCCUUGUGCUGUCAUAGCAAGCCUAAUACUACUACGACUAGUCCUACCGAACCUCUGUGCCCAUUCUGCCGUAGUAGAAUUGUACAAUUGCAAGUUAUCAAGUUUGAAAAGGAUGAAGACACAAGCCAUGAUAUCUACUCCUCCAAGAUUAGGAAGUCUAGGAGGUCAAGAAACUUCAGUGAGGGAAGUAGUAGUUUUAAGGGCUUAUCUGCAGUGAGAUCUUUUGGUAAAAUGACUGGACGUGGCUCAGGUAGGAUUGCUGCUGAAAACGAAUAUAUCGAUAAGCCAAUAAACCCUAGACUGAUUGCAGACAUUGGCUAUUAAGAACAACAACUGUGGAUUCUUCUGGCCAAAUGAAAUAUAUAGAUAGAUCUUUAUCUCCAUUUGCUUGAUAGGAAAUAGGUGGAGUUAAAAUGAUCUGCACGUUUGGAUUGGUUGGUAUUGGAGUAUAUUGUUUGUGUGAGUUAAAGAAAGCUCAUAAUAUUGUUGUAAAAUUCAUUUACUUGUAUGGUGCUUAAAGCCUAGUCGUUCCUUGGAAGAUAUAAAAUUCUUUGCAGUUGCCUCA